AUUGGGGGGAAAGGGUGGUGGGUCACUGGCGGAACUCGGAUGAAUCAUCUUGAGCAUACCUGGGCCUUCAUGACCAUUUACGGUCUUUCUUGGUAUGGGAAAGGGAGAACGCGGACAAGCUCGUCUCGCGCCCUCCCUAUCCCCCCAAAUCUGAGACCUUGGCUCCCAGCGGGUUUGUGAAUAAAAGGAAUGCAGCGGGUGCCAGCUUCUUGAACUACUCCCCCCCCCUUUCUUUUCCUCCUUGUAAGCCCUUCUUCAUACCUCAGCAUGAAGCUCGCCAUCCUUUCACUGGUUCUCGCUCUGACAGGGCUCAACGGCGGCGUCGAUGCCAAAAGCUUUGGCAGGAGAUACCUUCAACCGGCCCAUCGUACCUCUGACAAUAUCGUUCGAUGCGAUUCCAAUGCCGAAUGCCUUCGACUCGGUCUGCCCCCGCUGGCGCCAAAGAAGCGAGCCUACGCCACGGAAAUUAACCAACCGAACCCCGGAACAUACACUACCACCCUCGCAGCGGGUACAUACAAUAUGGUAGCGGCUGGUGCUCAAGGAGCCGCAGCUAUCGGCGUCAACCUUCCCGGUAUCGGUGGUCUCGGAGUUCAGAUCAACAUUACUGUCGUCUUGGAAGUUCAGACUGACAUCACCUUUGUCGUCGGUGCUGCUGGGUCUCUCGCCACAUUGGCCGGUGGAGGUGGAGGAGGCGGAGCCUCUUACAUUCUCAACAGCGCCACGGGUGAUGCCUACGUGAUCGGAGCCGCUGGAGGUGGUGGAGCUAUCGCAGGCGCCGGUGCAUCUGCAAGUCUGACCUACGACGUCACUCUUCUUGGGGAUUCAAAGGGAGGAGCUGGUUCAGUUUACGCAGGUGGUGGUGCCGGUCUCACUGGAUCCGGUGGCGGUGGCGGCAGUCUGCUCGGUCUCGGCCUGCUGAGCGGAGCUACCGGUGGACAGAGCGGAGGCGAUUGGAAUGGUGGUGUGGGAAGUAGUAUCAGCGCAGUGUUGAAUCUCGUCACCUCCACUCUCAUUGGUGGAAACGGAGGAAACGGGGGUGGUGGUGGUGGAUGUGGAGGUCUCAUCAAUGGACUCCUGAACUUGGGUGGCGGUGGGGGAGGUGGUGGAUACACUGGCGGCGCUGGAUCACGUCAAAACGGUGGAGGAGCAGGUACGAGCUAUGUCACUGCGUCGGCAAGCAUCCUCGGAAAUCUCGUCGCAAACUCAGGUAACGGUCUUGUGGUGAUUCAGGGACCUAUCGUGUAGGUUAAUUUUCUAUUUAUAAUGGACAGUAAUGCAAACAUAGACGCUACUCUUCGCCAUCGUUGUUGUUGUCGUCAUCCUCCUCCUCAUCCUCGUCUUCCCCUUCGCUGACCUCCAUUCCGUUUUCCUUCAUCCGCUCCUUGUCUUUGCGGCGCUUCUGACUCAACUCCUCGAGGAGCACCAGGAGUUGGUCAUUUUCCUUCUUCAGGCUCGAGGAUCCAGCUUCCGUCUCGGCGUGUCUUUC